AUGCAAGAUCAAAGCGAUGAAAUUUUUUACGAUCCCUGCGAAAAUAUGCAGGAAUUAUCAAGCCAAUACCAGACAAUAACAGCACAAUCAUGCGAAACUUUUUAUGCACCACCACCUGCAAGCAAUUGCCCUUCAACUCCUGAAUUAACCUUAAAAAACAGUCAUUUUAUAACAAAAACUGAAAUUAUUUCAGCAAAUUUUGAAAUUAUUAAUAGAAGCAAAACAAUCUCAUCCAGGCCAAAAGAACUAUGCCAAUUUACCAGUCUCCGAUUAGUUCAGGAAAUAGACCUAAUUGAUAAGCACGAAAAUGGCACUUGGAUUGUUAAAUUCUGUCCAGAAAGAAAAGCAGUUGCAGUUGGAGGACAAACAGGAGUGAUUUGUAUAUACGAAAUUGUAAACACAAGAAAAAUGCUGCUAAAUGAAACUUCUAAAAGAGUAUUUACAGAACAUGAAGGAAUGAUUACUGAUAUUGACUGAAAUCAAGAUGGGUAUAUUUUCACAUCAUCUUUAGAUUGCACUGUUAAAGUAUGAAGAAAAAGCCAGGAAAGAUCGAUGCUUACAAUAAAACACACAUCUAGAGUCAAUGCCGUUUGCUCCAACCCAGCAUGCCCAAGCGUUUUCGUCACAGCCUCAGGAGACUCAAUUAUAAGACUCUUUAGAUUUCCAAAUCCAAAUCCAGAAAGUCUAUAUAAAGCUCCUAAAGAAGUAACAGCUCUUGCUUAUUCUCCAAGCGGAGAAUUUUUAGCAGCUGGGCUUAGAAAAGGAGAAGUGAUUAUUUAUAAGUCACUUCCUGGGUCAUAUAGGCUAAGAUUGAAAUAUAAUUUAAAAUGCAGAAAUCGCUUUGGUCUAAAGAGAGGAGGCAGAAAUGUGACUAGCUUGGAAUUUAUGGAUGAACACUAUCUUUUGGUAAGCACAAAUGACUCUAGAAUCAGACUGUAUAAUUUCAAAGACAACCAACUAGUGCAAAAAUAUAAAGGACAUGCUAAUAGCCACUAUCCUAUUAAAGCAGGCUUUUCGCAGCAUAAAGCCCAUGUCAUAUGUGGAUCAGAAAGAGGCAGUUUCUUUAUAUGGAAUACUUUUAAAGAAACUGAAGGUGAAAGUCUUGAAAAAAACGAUGAGUUCGAAGCUUUUGACGCUAGAAAUAAUAAAGGAGUAGAAUUCGCUUGCUUUGCUCCUGAUAAAGUAGUAGAAUCUGUUGCUGAAAGCUAUAGAAAUAGAGAAUUAGGCGAAGUGACUCAUAUUAUUUUAUCGGCUGGAUCGUUUGGUACGUUGAGAAUCUUUUACAACGUUACUUAG